UUUCUUGAUGACGGAUCUGUCCGCAGCGUUUGGGUCGAAGAUCCUUUCAUCAGGUCUUCCUAUCAAAUAGAAAACUUUUCACACUUCUGCGAAGUUCUUUUAUCUUCCUCCUCGCUUGUGCGCAACAUUUAUCUAACCACUGGAUGUGACCAAAACAAUCGGUGCGAUCAAUUAGAAAAGCUGAACAACAUAAAAAAUGAUUUGGCUGCACGUGAUGUCAUUUUAACUUUGGACUUCUCCAGCACGCUCCAUGAUCGUGAGAUUCGUUUUGACAACGGUUGGAUAGUAAAAAUUGGCCGCGGUCUUGAUUUUAUUCGUCGCAGUGACCACAAAUUUCACGGGCUUGGUGUACAUGAUUAUAACUUCCGUCAAUGUCUAGAAACUACAAUCGAUAUCUUUCACCGAUCAUCUUUGGUCCGGAAAUGA